CAUCGCGUCACCGUCCCCGUGUGUGUGUGUGUCCCCCCCCCCGCCCCCCCGCAGCACAUCGCUGACCGGCUGGCGGCGCUGCCGGCCGGCUGGCACCUGGAGCUCGACGCCUUCGAGGCCACCACGCCGCGGGGGCCGGUGGCCUUCGCCAGCUUGGUGGCCACGCUGGCCCCCGGCGCCCCCCGCCGCCUGGUGCUGGCCUGUCACUACGACACCAAGGUGCUGCCACCCGGCCCCCCCCGGGCCAUCCCCUUCCUGGGGGCCACCGACUCGGCCGUGCCCUGCGCCAUGCUGCUGGAGCUGGCGGCCGCCCUCGACCGGCCCCUGCGGAGAGCUAAGGACAGGGGCGCGGAGGUGACGCUGCAGCUGCUCUUCCUGGACGGCGAGGAGGCCUUCGAGGAGUGGAGCGCCACCGACUCGCUCUACGGCGCCCGGCACCUGGCGGCACGCAUGGCCGCCACCCGCCACGGCCCCCACGGCACCCAGAUCACCGCCAUGAGCCUGCUGGUGCUGCUGGACCUGCUGGGCACCCAGCACCCCGCCAUCCACAGCCACUUCCCCCGCACCCACCACUGGUUCCUGCGCCUCGUCGCCAUCGAGAAACGACUGCGGAGCCUGGGGCUGCUGCACGCCUCCCCCCAGGAUCAGCCCUUUUUCCGGCUCAGUCCAGCCCCGGGGCCCGUCGAGGACGACCACGUCCCCUUCCUGCAACGUGGCGUCCCCGUGCUGCAUCUCAUCCCCAUGCCCUUCCCCUGGGUCUGGCACACCACCGAGGACAACGAGGACAACCUCCACCUGCCCACCGUGGAGGACCUCUGCAAGAUCCUCGCCGCCUUCGUGGCCGAGUUCCUGCAGCUCUGAGCCACCCGGACACCCCGACGCCCUCCGGCCUGAGCCCCCCCGGGGCGUCGGGGCAGCCCCUGGCUGCGCUGGGAGCCCCCACUAAUAAAAUCCUCGGUGCCUGG